GCCAGCAUGGGCAUGCGCAGACAACCCCCGGGCUCGGGCCCAUGCUCGGGCCACCCCCGGCCCCGGGCCGCCGCCGCCUGGACUUGGCCUGUGCCUGAGUGCGAGUGUGACGGCACUACCCUGGAGAUCGGCCCGCUCGCAGCCUGCGGGCCUGCCUAUGGUUAGCGUGGGCUAGAGGGCCAGCAGGGCAGGGCGGCGCCCACUCCUGAACUCGCCGCCGCAGGCGCAGGGCAGCUGGCCCCGUGAGGUCAUGUGAGCCCGCCCCGCCCGCAGCCCAGCCGCCCCUGGCCGCGCCCCAAUGCUCGCAGUCGGCGUCGCAGACAUCGGAGAGGGGCUUGGCGGCCUGCGUGCUGCUCGCGCGGGCCUGAACCUCGGACCAACGAUCCUCGCCGACCAAUGUUCCAGGUCGGCUGCCGCCUGAGGAACGUCGGCCUGCUCUGGGUGCUCCUGCUAACAUGCUCCAACAUCCUGCUGACGGUGCGGCUGCUGAGCUCCACCACGGACUGCGGCCCGGGCCACCUCCCCGGCCACGGCCGCGCCGCCCUGGUGAAGGCCCACCAGCAGCACCCGCAGGGACCGCAGGGCCCGCAGGACGACAACAGGGCCGAGCUGCCGGCGGAGCAGCAGGACCCGCUGGAGCCGCUGCCCCCCGAGGACGAGCUGGACCAGCAGCCCAACGUCGAGGAGGACCCGGACACCAUCUCCGUGGAGCCAGCACUCGGCCGUUGGGACAACCGCCGAGUGCUGAAGAUGUUCGAUCACGCCAUGGUGGGCGGCCGCUUCGCCGAGCUGUCCGCCGAGUACAAGGUCACCCUCGCCACCCAGACGAGCCUGGAGCGGCUCCACUCGCUGGUGCAG